AUGCUGUUACACGUUCAUACUAGCAGUGGUUAUCGAGAAUCUCUAAAAAGAAGUCUAAGUAGAUAGAGAGAUCGUAUUCUCUCUUUUUAAAUGAUUCCAAGAACUGAAUUGGGUGAUCUAAGUAAUUUAGGUACAUCAAAGUUUGGCAAAGAAGAAUUAAAAUAAGAUGAAUAAAAAAGGUGUAAAUCAAAGAAAUUGCAAUAAAAAAAUUGUAUAAAAAAACUAAAUAAACAGCCAUCCUACCUGCCAGAAAUGACUCAUUACUAAAAAAUAUUACAAAAAUACUUAUGA